UAUUUAAUCCUGACUUUUCUGAUCCUCCCCUUCUUCUAGUGCCCCCCUGUUAUCUCCUGAUAAGACAUAUAAUGUGGAGACACUCUGCACAUGUUCAGUUUGGUGUGUAUUGUUAGAAAGAGUGCAUGUGAUCAACACAGGGCCAAUCAGUACUGUCCAGAGAGAGGUCAGGGGUUUUGCGUCCUCCUAGAGCAGAAAGAAAACUCCUUCUACAAGCUUUAACCAGUGCUCUGCUGAACACUGAUAUAAGUCAUAAGACUGCUCUAACUGCUGAUGAGAAAAGGUAUUUAGCAGUUUAUGUUCACUAA